UGGGCUGGCCCUGCCUCUGUGCAGACAAGCUAGUCAGGUCUCCAGAGGAUCUGCUCAGGAGAGAGGUUCUAGGCUCUACUAGACCCGGAGGGCGGGGACCUGGGCCUCUCCUGUCUGGGCAGCAUGAGGUGGCACAGGCAGGCGAGAGCGUGAGGGAAUGCUGAGUGUCUGGGGUGCUUCCCGGAACACUUCCGCCUGCCCAAGUAUUUGGCUGGACCAGCUCUUCUGGCUCCCCAGGCUCAGGCUGGGCAGCACCUGCUGUGUUGCUGGGUGAGGUGACAGUGGGGAUCUGGGGCAGAGGCCAAGUCAGGCCAGCCAUGGGGAGCAUGAGGCUUGGAGAUACACACAUGCACAUACAUGGCAGAACACACACUGGGCCCCAGGGACCCACAGGCACCACUUCUCAGCUGUGCACUUCCUAGGUGCCAGGACCCAGGAACCCUGUGGUCCAGCGUUGGGGGGAAGGGGCAUGUCAGAACUGGCCAGGACUCAGAAGGCCCACCCCAAUCAUGGCAGUCAAGUGCAAGAGCGCCCAGGGGAUGUGGCUCCUGGCCUUAUCUCUCCUAUCCCAGGACCUCCCAGUGCUCAGAGGCAGUGACAACUCCCAAUCAUCCCCAUCCCCAGAAUGGCUGCUAGGUGAGAAUGCAGUGGAGACAGCCCCGCCCCCAGCCCCAGGCCCGCCCUGGACCAGACGGGCUUCUUUAGGGUUGAAUUAGGCAAGGCCUUAGCUCAGGGCUGGGCCCGGACUUCUGGCCCCUGCUGGGGCCUCCUCAGGGCUAUCCACACCUGCCCGGGGUCCCCCCAUCCAGAGGGAUGGGAAGUCAGGGUCAAGGGCCCUUCUCCCCCUCCCCUUGCAGAUCCACUGUCUCCAGGAAUCUUGCCCCUCCCCCAGGGCCCUGGUGGGCAGAGCCAGACCCCAGAUGCUCAGCUUCAGGCUGGCCACUCACUGCCAGCAGCCUGGGCAGGAGGGCCCUUCACAUGCCCCCAGCAGGCACUGUGCCUGGGGACACCUCUGUGUGGCUCCCCAACCCCCCCAUACACACAGAGCACAUGUUCACACACGUACAUGCCACACCUGUCCCUGGUCCCGCCCGGGGCCUGCUUCUAGGUCAGGCUGGGCACGACUUCCUGGGAGGAUCGGGGGCAGGUGUUGCAGGCUGGGCCCGGCUGAGCAGCUUGGCGUGUGCCAUGGCCAUGGCUGGGGGUGUGUGGGGCCGGCCCCGGGGUGCCCCUGUAGGGGCCCUAACCCUGACAGCUCUGGCUGAAGGGAUCCAGGCCAGCCAGGGGCAGGCCCUGAGACCCCCUGUCAUGGGCCCUCAGCCUGAACCUGAGGCAAAGCCUGGGAAUGCAGCCAGCAUCCCCACAGCUGGCCGUGAGCCCCGCUCCCCACCCUGCAUACAGGAGCCAGCCCCCAAGGGAGCCCAUCAGGCCCCCCAGAGUUCCCCGGAAGAGGGGGCCCUUGCUGACCUGGCGUUGUACACGGCUGCCUGCCUGGAGGAGGCUGGCUUUGCGGGGACCCAGGCAACAGCACUCACCCUGUCCUCAGCCCUGGAGGCCCGAGGGGAGCGGCUGGAGGACCAGGUGCAUGCCCUAGUGCGUGGGCUGCUGGCACAGGUGCCCAGCCUAGCCGAGGGGAGGCCCCGGCGGGUGGCCCUGCGGGUGCUGAGCGCACUAGCCCUGGAGCACGCACGGGACGUGGUAUGCGCGCUGCUGCUGUGCUCGAUGCCCCUGGACCGGGCGGCAGCAGAGCUGUGGCGCAGCCUGAGCCGGAACCAGCGCGUGAAUGGGCAGGUGCUGGUGCAGCUGCUGUGGACGCUCAAGGGUGCGGCCGGGCCUGAGCUGGAGGCGCUGACUGCCACUCGUGCCCUUGGGGAGAUGCUGGCUGUGUCUGGCUGCGUGGGCGCCACGCGGGGCUUCUACCCGAAUCUCCUGCUCGUACUGGUCACACAGCUGCACCAGCUGGCCCAAGGAGUGCACUCCCCUGACACCCCCAAGGUUUGGGCCCCAUUCCACCGCGGGCCACCGCACAGCCACGCCAGCUGCGCAGUGGAGGCCUUGAAGGCCCUGCUUACUGGGGAUGGCAGCCGCAUGGUGGUCACGUGCAUGGAGCAGGCUGGAGGCUGGAGGAGGCUGGUGGGAGCCCACACCCACCUGGAGGGCGUCCUGCUGCUGGCCAGUGCCAUGGUGGCUCACGCCGACCACCACCUGAGAGGCCUGUUCGCCGACGUGCUUCCCCGGCUGCGCAGCCCCAACGACACGCAGCGCCUCACGGCUAUGGCCUUCUUUACCGGGCUGUUGCAGAGCCGACCCACGGCACGGCUCCUGCGAGAGGAGGUCAUUCUGGAGCGGCUCCGCGCCUGGCAGGGCGACCCCGAGCCCACCGUGCGCUGGCUCGGCCUGCUCGGCCUCGGCCAUAUGGCGCUGAACCGCGGGAAGGUGAGGGGCGGGGCGGGGCAGGGCGGGGAGGGGUCUGCGAGGGACGCCCACGAGUCCCUGCCUCCGCAGGUGCGGCACGUGGGCACGCUGGUGCCUGCGCUCCUGGGCGCGCUGGGCGAAGGCGACGCGCGGCUCGUGGGCGCCGCGCUGGGCGCGCUGCGGAGGCUGCUGGUGCGGCCGCGGGCUCCCGUGCGGCUCCUGAGCGCGGAGCUGGGGCCUCGCCUCCCGCCGCUGCUGGACGACGCCCGGGACUCGGUCCGCGCCUCGGCGGUCGGGCUCCUGGGGACGCUGGUGCGGCAGGGCCAGGGCGGCCUCCGGGUGGGGCUCCACCGACCCCUGCGGAAGCUGAUGCUGCAGAGUCUUGUGCCGCUGCUGUUGCGCCUGCACGAUCCCAGCCAGGACGCUGCUGAGAGCUCGGAGUGGACCCUGGCCCGCUGUGACCAGGCCCUGCGCUGGGGCCUCCUGGAGGAGAUGGUCACUGUGGCCCACUACGACAGCCCUGAGGCCCUAAGCCGCAUCUGCCACCGCCUGGUCAGUCGGGGGAGGACACUGACAGUGGCAGGAUGUCGUCAGCUGCCCACUUGGUCCAGUAUACACCGGGGCCACUUCCCCCUCCAAACUGUCCCCUUCCCAGCCAAAGUGGUGGCAAGUCUAAGGUCUCAGACCCUGAUGCCCUGCCCUGGGGGCUCCACAGGGCACCCCAGCCUGUGGGCUCACCUCUGCUGCCUCCUGUCCUGCCAUGAGCCCUUCUGUCCCCAGGUUCAGCAGUACCCAAGUCAUGUGCCCAGCUUCCUGAGCCAGACCCAGGGCUACCUGCGGAGCCCACAGGUCCCCCUGCGCCGGGCAGCUGCAGUGCUCAUAGGCUUCCUCGUCCAUCACUCGAGUCCCAGCCAUGUCAGCCAGGACCUGCUGGACUCCCUGUUCCAGGACCUGGGGCAGCUGCAGAGCGACCCCGAGCCGGCUGUGGUCACCGUGGCGCAUGUGUCCGCCCAGCAGGUGGUGCUGCUAGCCCAGGAGCAAAGCCGUCCCCGCAGCCUGCUCCUCUCCCGCCUUGGUGGGCGCCGCGCCCGUCCCAGCCGGCCCUGGCCAGUCUAUGCAGACAGCCCCUUCCAGCGUCGGAGCCUUGCAGGCCGCUGGGGCUGUUUUGGACCCGGCUGAGCCUGACUCCAUGCCCACCCUCAGGGGUCUGAGUCGGGCACCCCACCACACUGUGGCCAGUCCUGGUGGGGGCAGAUCUGCAGAAGAUGCUCUGCUUGAGGGGCACCCUGGGCCUGGUGCUGGACGCUGGUGCCCUCCCCUCUCAGGCCCCCCCCACCCCAAGGCCUGGUGUGCACAAUGACUGCUUUCUAGGAGCUCAACACCAUGACCGCCAUGUGACCUAUAGGGACAGCAGCCCCUUCUGUCCGAGCACCAUUUCACCCUCAGCCCCUUGCCUCUUGCACCCAUGCGUCCAUUUGUUCCUCCUCAGAUCUGUUGCUUUCCUGGCCCCCUAGAAUGUGCCAUGCCCCCCUACCUGGGUCUGGUGGGGGACACUGUGAAGCUGGCACAGCCCUGUAAGCUGGUGCCAUGAUAGUUGCCCACUUCCUGGGCUUCCACCCCCUGCCUGGCCCAGGCUCCCCUGCCUGUCAGGGCCCUCCUGGCCGCCCCAGCAGCCUGCCUCCUGCCCUGUCACGUGCCCCUCUCCUCUCCGGCCUAUGUCCUGGCCUGAGGUUCUGAGGUUUCUCUCUCCUCAGGAGGCAUUGAUCUGUCUUCCUGCCCACACCUGCUGCCCUGUGGCCUGUUGCCAUUCGUGCCCCCCGUCCCCCCCGCUCAUCGUGUCAGAGCCCCCCCCACCGAGCCUUCUUCAGAAGGUGUCCCCUCACCUCCCCACUGGACACCACAGGGCUGGGAUUAGACCUGUGGGUUCAGGCGUGGGGUGCCAGCAUCUGCACCCCACCAGACUGAGCCCUCGAGCCGGUACCCCAGCGCCCCACACGGGGGUGAAUUAGGAAGGGGAAGAGACCCUUCUGGGAGCCUCUGAAGCUGUGACCGUGCCCCUCCUGGCGCCGGCCCUGGCGGGUUCCCCCACUCGGAAUGCCCACCUCGGAAAGUCCUCUUGCUUUUCAAGGUCUACCCCCUAAAGUUGCCUCCUGAGGGAGACCUCAACUCACACAGCCUCUUGCAGGGCUGGGAGCAGUCCACACCAGACUGGGGACCCUUUGGGGACAGGUGUGGGGUCCUGCCCACCUGUUAUGGAAAGUGUUUACAAUAAAGACAC